CCGACUCCAAUAUAUAUAACACUGUAACUGCGUACUGACAGCACGGCAAAGCCAAAGUAAACAAAAAGCAAGCCAUUCACAGCACAUCAAUUUUAAGUCUCUUAUAUCCAAAUUCCACAAGCUUUCAAUUCCACCCCACACGACCACCAACACCCACCACGUGGAAAUCCCAUGCCCACCUCUCUAUUUCCACAGGAAUGCAAAGUCCCGCUUUAUAUUUCUUAUAUAUAUAUAUAUAUAUAUAUAGAUAUACUGUAAACACACGCACACAUAUUCAUACCAUGUAUGUACGUAUGAUGUAAUAUAUGUGUAUUUAAUACACACACAUAUUGUUCCUUCAACUUGUAUAUAUAUGUGCUUUUAGAGGAGAAGAUCUUGGUCUUUAUCUCCAGAAAUUUGUUUCUAAAACGACAGAGUAGAAAUACAUAUAUUGGGUUUGGAGUGUCGUAGAUCACAGCAGCAAGAAUAUGGGUGAUUGGAAGAGCGAUUUCAGAGAGCUGAGGCCUCUUUUUCACUUGUUAUUGCCUCUGUCUAUUCACUGGAUCGCUGAAGAAAUGACUGUUUCAGUUCUCGUUGAUGUCACCACCGGUGCUCUUUGUCCUGGCCAGUCCACUUGCUCUGAGGCCAUUUACAUCAAUGGGAUUCAACAAACGAUUGUUGGAGUUUUCAAGAUGGUGGUGCUUCCACUUCUUGGUCAGCUUGCUGAUGAACAUGGACGUAAACCGUUGCUUCUUGUUACUGUAUCCACAACCAUUAUACCCUUUGCAUUACUUGCUUGGAAUCAGUCCAAGGAAUUCGUGUACGCUUACUAUGUGCUUCGAACGAUUUCGUACAUCAUUAGUCAAGGGAGUAUUUUCUGCAUUGCUGUUGCUUAUACAGCGGAUGUUGUUAGCGACAGUAAGAGAGCUGCAGUGUUUAGCUGGAUCACGGGUCUGUUUUCUGCGUCGCACGUUUUGGGAAACGUUCUCGCACGUUUCCUCCCUGAGAAAUACAUUUUCUUGGUUUCAAUAGCACUCCUGAUCUUUGGUCCAGUUUAUAUGCAACUGUUUUUGAAAGAGACAGUUAAACCAGCUCCUAGGACUAACAGAGACUCAGAUUGCCUGCGUUGGACACUUAAGGUUGUCCAGAAACGAUUCCGAGCAAUGAAAGAUGCUGCGACAUUAGUUAUUAGCAGUCAAACUCUCAGGAGCAUUUCUCUGGUUUCUUUCUUUUACGAAUUGGGAAUGUCGGGCAUCAGCAGUGUUCUACUGUACUACCUAAAAGCGGCUUUCGGCUUUAACAAAAAUCAAUUCUCAGAACUUCUGAUGAUGGUUGGAAUAGGUUCAAUUGCUUCCCAGAUAUUGGUGCUUCCACUAAUGAAUCCAUUGGUUGGAGAGAAAGUAAUAUUGUGCAUAGCCUUACUAUCUUCAAUAGCAUAUGCCUUGCUCUAUGGUUUGGCUUGGGCAGCUUGGGUGCCAUACUUAAGUGCCUCAUUUGGAGUCAUCUAUGUUCUUGUGAAACCUUCUACAUAUGCAAUCAUCUCAAAAGCUUCAAGCUCAAGCAAUCAGGGAAAAGCACAAGGAUUUAUAGCUGGCGUGCAAUCAAUAGCAAGCUUGUUAUCACCACUGGCAAUGAGUCCAUUAACUACAUGGUUCUUGUCAGAAGAUGCCCCUUUCAAUUGCAAAGGUUUUAGCAUUGUACUUGCAUCCAUGUGCAUGGUAAUAUCAUUCUGUUUUGCUUGCCUGAUUAAAAGUGAUGCAGUCUCAAGUCAGGAUUUAGAGGAAGAAGACAUUGAAACGCCUCUUCUAAGUUAAGAGUAUUAAAGAAGAAGAAAAAAAAUAGUUUGGAAUGUAGAGAUUCUGAACUUCUUAGGGGCGGAUGUUGGUGAAUAUUGUCGGAAUCAUCCGUCGAGCUCUGUAGUGAUUUGUUGUAGCCGUGCAAAUGAAGUUUUGGCGGUUCUUUUUCCCUCCUUAAAAGUUGUUCAUUUUUACAUUUUA